UAAUUCCACCAUUCCAGUGACCUCUGGUUUUGGUUUUCGUUUUCGUUUUUGUCAUCUCUUGGGCUUCACCACUCCAGGUUGAACUUUUCAGAUAAAGAUAGAAACAGACUGGAAAGCACCACACCAGAGCUUCCGCCGGUGUGGUGGUGGCCCCUCUCAAACCGGAGUUAUUUGUAUAGCAAAGCAAGUUCACUGUCCAGCCACAAGAUGAUCCAAUCAGAGUCCUUAUCCAGACUUUUUAAAUUGAAACUGAGAAAACCCCUCUCCAGUGUGGAAGCCUUUAAAAUAUAAAACAUGGGAGCUCUCAGGAGCCCUGUGUCCUGCUACGUGGAACCAAGCUUGUCUACAAUGAAAAACAAUGAAGCCAACCAGCAGAAGGCAGCAAAGGUUUCAUAACGAUGUGUGCUCAGUACUGCAUCUCCUUUGCUGAUGUUGAAAAAGCACGUCUCAACAUUCAAGACUUUGUCCAUCUCACACCAGUGCUAACAAGCUCAAUUUUGAAUCAAGUAACAGGUCGCAAUCUUUUCUUCAAAUGUGAACUCUUCCAGAAAACUGGAUCUUUUAAGAUUCGUGGUGCACUGAAUGCAAUCAGAGGCUUGAUUUCUGCCACUUCAGAAGAGAAACCCAAAGCUGUUGUUACUCACAGUAGUGGAAACCAUGGACAGGCUCUUGCCUAUGCCGCUAAACUGGAAGGAAUUCCUGCUUAUAUCGUGGUGCCCCGAACAGCUCCCGAUUGUAAAAAGAUGGCAAUACAAGCAUAUGGUGCUUCUAUAGUGUGCAGUGAACCAACUGAUGAGUCCAGGGAAAAUGUUACAAAAAGAAUUGUGGAGGAAAUGGAAGGCAUCAUGGUACAUCCAAACCAGGAACCUACAGUGAUAGCUGGGCAGGGGACAAUUGCUCUGGAAGUGCUCAACCAGGUUCCCUUGGUAGAUGCACUGGUGGUACCUGUAGGAGGAGGAGGAAUGGCUGCUGGGAUAGCCAUUGCCAUUAAGACUCUGAGACCUAGUGUGAAGGUAUACGCUGCUGAACCUGUAAAUGCAGAUGACUGCUACCAGUCCAAACUGAAAGGGGAACUGAUUCCCAAUACUCAUCCUCCAGAAACCAUAGCAGAUGGUGUCAAGUCCAGUAUCGGCUUAAACACCUGGCCUAUUAUAAGGGACCUUGUGGAUGAAGUCUUCACUGUCACAGAGGAUGAAAUUAAGUAUGCAACCCAGCUGGUGUGGGAGAGGAUGAAACUGCUUAUUGAACCUACUGCCGGUGUUGGAGUGGCUGCUGUGAUGUCCCAGCACUUUCAAACAGUUUCCCCAGAAGUAAAGAACAUCUGCAUUGUGCUUAGUGGUGGGAAUGUAGACUUAACUUGGGUGAAGGCGGCAGCGCCUUUCCAAUCUGUUUCUGUUUAACUUAUGCAAAAGAAAAGAUGAGAGUUAGUGUGUCUAGACACUGGGGAAAUCUGUUUCCUGAUGCUAUCAAUUCCUCAUCUCUCCUUAAAUUUCAAUAUCCUAA